CAUGUUAAGUACUGUUUGUAAACAACUUUCUAGUUUUUGAUAAUUAAAUAAGGAAAACAGUGUGGUGGCAAUGUCCAAUUCCUUCGAAGGCAACAACGAACAGCUCAUUGAGCUCGUCCGGAAGCAUCCGGAACUGUACAAUCAUCAGCACGCUAGGUACCAAGACGCAAAAUACAAGAACAAAGUAUGGAACACAAUCGGAGCAUUCAUGGAGGAGGACGCUUUGGCCUGCAAAAACCGCUGGAAAAACAUACGAGAUCAACACCGCAAGACUGUAAAAAAGCACUUAUCCAGUCGCGGAACGGCAGUACCGAAAUACAAAUUCAGCGAACAACUGAGUUUCCUCAUGGAAUACGUCGAUGCCACCGACGACGUCGAUCAAGAGUCCCAAUCUUCAACAUUGCCGGCAACAUCAGCGGCACAUCUUGCUGAAGCACACCUGAACGAAGAAUCGGACCACAACGAUCGUUUGGAUGAGUUGAUCUUGAAAAACGAAACCAUAGAACCGGAACCCAGUGCGUUCAAUUCCGCAACAACGGAUCCCCUUGAAACCCCUGUCCCAAAGAAAAUACCCAUCAGGGUCAUCAGGAGAAUCAAAAGACCUGCUUGGAAACGGCUUUCUUCGGAACCUGUGACCACUACGACCGCCGCUUCCACCGAUGAGCUUUCGCCCCGAAUUAUGGAAAUCUUGCUGCAAAAACUAGAGGCGGCCCAGAAUCCGGGCCCGGUGGAUGCAUUCCUAUUUGGGAUAGCGCCGGCACUGAAGAACCUAUCCCCUCACUACUGGAAUCAGGCAAAAUCGGAGAUAUUUUCAAUCGUUCACAAGUACGAACUGAAGAUGCUAACCGAUCCGUCGCCAUUGGUCUACCCGGAUCGCCGCUCGGAAACGUGAACUCCAAACUGCGAUAAUGUACUUUAGUUUCUUAUCUAAGCUGCUCGUAAAAUAACAAUAAAAUUGUGAACACAAUAGGUUAACGGGUUAAUCAUAAUGCAAUUCAAAAAAAUUUUAAAAAUAAAAAAUUAGAUCAAAUUUGUUUCCGAAUUUAUUUAU